AUGGCUCCCAAAAUCUUUAGGUCUGCCUUACCUGAUAAAGCUAUCGUUCAACGGUCAAUUUUCACGCAUCAAUUCCCUGAACCACCGUUAUACCCUCCUGAAUAUCCUGCCUACGUCGAUGCGCAGACUGGCGUCACACUCAAUCGCGGCCACAUCAAGGAUCUUGCCUUAACAUUUGCCUGUGCCCUUCGUAACAAGAAGCAUGCGAAGAGAGGUGACACCAUAAUGAUGUUCUCUCCAAAUUCAAUUUGUUGGCCAGUGGUUGUAUUCGGUGCCGUCGCUGCUGGACUACGAUGCACAUUCGCCAACACUGCCUACACUGCUGACGAACUAGCAUACCAGUACACGGAUUCACAUGCCUAUUUCAUCUGCACCACUCGCGCCAAUCUCAAAACAGUGCAGCGCAUGCUUACUUCCGAGACUGUUGGCGUCCGUUUGAAGGAGGAUGCAGAACGCAGAAUUAUCCUGCUUCCAGAUGACUUUAAUUGGGUUCCUGGAGUGAAGAAGACUGAUGGGAAGAAGCAUAUACCCGGGUUGACGGCAUUCGAGGAUCUUUUGAAAUUGGGGAGGCUUGAUCGGGAAGAGCAAUUCCAGGGUGUUGAUGCAGAACAAGAGACUGUCUUUCUUUGCUAUAGCUCUGGGACCACUGGUAAACCCAAAGGCGUCGAAACCACACAUCAGAAUUUGACAACUGUCCUGGACAUAGUUCAAUCUGGCUUCCCCAUCCUUAGUCCAACCGGCGACCGAAUGCUCGCCGUUCUACCAUUCUAUCAUAUUUACGGACUCGUCAAGCUACUCCUGUUUCCCUUCAUCUGUGGGGUAUCAACAAUCGUGAUGCCACACUUUGAUCCGUUGGCAUUCUGCGAAUCAAUACAGCGGUACAAAGUGACGAUCACCCUCAUUGUUCCACCGGUAUUGGUGGUAAUAGCCCGUCAUGACUGCGUCGAGCAGUACGAUAUGUCUAGUCUCAGGAUCAUGUUCUCGGGCGCAGCGCCACUCGGUGGAGAGCUUGUAAAGGCUGUCAAGUCUCGCCUCCGUCCCACGAAUCAACCUCCAUUACAUAUAGUUCAAGGUUAUGGUCUCACCGAGACGUCUCCUACUACACAUCUUCUCCCAAUCCUCCCUGCUCAACAAUGGGGAAACAUCACAGAGGAAAGCAAGUAUGGCUCAAUUGGCUUCCUACUGCCUAACUUGGAAGCGAGAUUGGUUGUCGAUGAUAAAGAUGGGCAUGCGCAAACGGAUGAUGAGGUGAUAGAUGCUGCGGAGGGCGAGCGUGGCGAGCUAUGGAUUCGUGGAAGGAGUAUCAUGAAGGGAUAUCUCAAUAACCCCGCAGCAAACACCAACGCGUUCUUCCCAUACUCAUCCUUGCCUCCCUCUGAUCCGACCCCGGGCUCUCGAUGGUUUAAGACAGGUGACAUCGGCAUCAUAGACAAGGACGGAUUCUUCUGGAUUGUAGACCGCAAGAAAGAGCUUAUCAAAUACAAAGGUUUUCAGGUCCCGCCCGCGGAGCUUGAGAGCGUUCUGCUCACUCAUCCGAAAGUCGCUGAUGCGGGGGUCAUUGGUGUCGAAAGUGCGAAAGAAAGCACAGAGCUCCCCAGAGCAUAUAUUGUCCCAGCAGACUCGUCUAUCGUCUCUUCCGAUAGAGCCGCAGAGCUUAGUAGAGAGGUACAAGACUGGGUGAAGACCAAAGUCUCGAGACACAAGUUUUUGAGGGGAGGAGUGGUAGUAGUGCCAGUGAUCCCAAAGAGUGCGUCGGGGAAGAUUUUGAGGCGAUACUUGAAGGAACAAGCGAUGAAGGAGUUGGCUGGGAGGGACCCAGCGGAUAUCCAUGCAGUUGAAAAGGUUCGGACGAAGUUAUAG